AUGCUCACUCCCUACCGUCGUGUUCGCACACUCCCCUUCCGCCGCCCACGCUCACUCCCUCCCGUCGCGCUCGCUCACUCCCCUUCCGCCGCCCACGCGCACUCCGUCCCGUCACGUUCGUCUACUCCCCUUCCACCGCCCACGCUCACUCCCCUCCCGUCGCGACAGUCCCCUCCGUCGCAUCUUGCGCCUGCGUUUCCCUUCGAUGGCAUAUACGCGCAGCAUCUACUAAUUCAGCCCCAAACUACGGCCAAGGAGGCGCGCCCGACAUCCCAACAGGUAUGCUCAGCGCCUGGUCUAGCACGGUUCGCUUUCCGCAAACCUCGGUUCGCCGUAUCCGUCGCCGCGCACUCCAGGCUCGCAACCCUCGCAUCGUCUCCCUCGCAUCGUCUCCCUCGCAUCGUCUCCCUCGCAUCGUCUCCCUCGCAUCGUCUCCCUCGCAUUGUUUCUCUCGCGGCGGGUGUGACGGUCGGUGGGGCGCGCAUGGCGACGUUCGAGGCGUACGAGCGGCAGUUCAACGGCAUCGUCGACGCCUUGUCGCACGGUGCGUCCAGCGGGCGGCCGCACGAGGCGCAGCGGCGCAUCGACGACGCGGAGUCACUCAUUCGCCAGAUGGAUCUCGAGGCGCGCUCGCUUCCCCCCACCGACCGCGCGCAUCUGCUGGCGCGCCUGCGCGCGCACAAGCUCGCGCUGCUCGCCGCCAAGAAGCGCGCCGCGGAGACGGGGGGGGAGGGGGGAGUCGUGGCGGGCGGGCAAGGAAAGGGGCAAGCGGGGGCCCGAGGGGUGGGGCGAGCGGAGGAGGAGAGAGCAGCGCUGCUGGAAGAUGGAAGGGACUAUGUGCCUCUAUCGGGCGCGGCGGACCAGCGCGCGCGGCUCCUGCAGGUGACGGCGCGGGUGGAGGAGUCGUCAGCGCGCGUGGCGGAGUCGCGGCGGGCGAUGGCGGGUGCGGAGCAGCUGGGCGUGGCCAUCCUGGCGGACCUGCACCAGCAGCGCCAGUCCCUGCUGCGCGCCGGCGACACGCUGGAGGACGUGGACCAUCAGAUGAGUCGAGCGAGGCGAGUGCUGACAGGCAUGGCGCACAAGCUGCAUCGCAACAAAUGGAUCACCGCACUCAUCCUCUCCCUGCUGCUGCUCGCCAUCGCUGCCGUCAUCUACCUCCGCCUGCGCCACUAG